CUCUGUUGCCUUCUCUCCGUUUUCUCUCUCUCCCUAUUUUCUGCAACUUUCGAUUUCUUCGAAGCGAGGACCUGAAAAUGAGAAGCUAACGACGAAACCCUCGCUCUCUUGCCAUUUCGAUCUUUUAACCCUUUUUGUGUCGUUUUCAUAUGAAAUUUCCUGUAGCAUUCGCUAGCUCUGCUCCGACAAUCCUUUCCAUCUCUAAUGGCGGACAGGAGGUAUAGUAUAGGCUACGCCCUCUUACCGAAGAAGCAGCAGAGUUUCAUUCAGGACUCUCUCGUCGCCGUCGCCUGCACCCGCGGGAUCGAUCUUGUAAAGAUCGACCAGGAAAGGCCCCUCGUCGAUCAGGGUCCCUUCGAUUGCGUGCUCCACAAACUGUACGGCGGGGAUUGGAGGCGCCAGCUCGAGGAUUUCAGGGCCCGAAACCCUGGUGCUGUGAUUGUGGACGCCCCCGACGCGAUUGAGCGCCUCCACAAUCGGAUUUCUAUGCUCCAGGUGGUCUCGGAGCUCAAGAUCGAGAGCCAAACCGAGUCCUUCGGCAUUCCCAACCAAAUCGUGAUCUACGACAAGGAGACUCUCUUUGAUGAGCACGCCUGGGCAAGCUUAAAGUUCCCCGUGAUUGCUAAGCCUCUAGUCGCCGAUGGAAGCGCCAAAUCUCACAAAAUGGCGCUGAUUUUCAACCACGACGGCCUCAACAAGCUCAAGCCUCCGAUUGUUCUGCAGGAGUUCGUUAAUCACGGCGGAGUUAUCUUCAAAGUCUACGUAGUGGGCCAGCACGUGAAAUGUGUGAAGCGGAAGUCUCUGCCUGACGUUUCAGAGGAGAAAUUAGGCUCACUGGAGGGCUCCUUAUCAUUCUCUCAAGUCUCAAAUUUGGCAACAAACGAGAGAAAUGAUGAUAAGUAUUACAAGCUGAUGCAUUUGGAGGACACCGAGAUGCCUCCUCAGAGCUUGAUAACAGACAUUGCGAGGGGAUUGAGGAAGGCGAUGAAGUUAAACUUGUUUAACUUCGACGUGAUCAGGGACUCGAGGGUUGGGACUCGGUACUUGAUCAUCGAUAUCAAUUACUUCCCCGGGUAUGCCAAGAUGCCGUCUUAUGAGACAGUCUUGACUGACUUUUUCUGCGAUAUCGUCCACAGUAGGGAGAAAGGGGAAGUAGACGGGCCCAAUUGCUUAGAGAAAGAUGAUAGCUCUGACAAGAGUGGAUUCGAUGUACGGCCCGUUCAUAGUUGCGAUCAAGCAGUGAGGAAACUGGUGAGCAAUAUUGCAGAUGGGGAUGAUGGGGCUCUGCCUGUUUCUCCACAUUCGAGUCUCGCUUAGUGUAUUGAGAACCGAUGAGCAAGCAAAGCACUGCCCAUUAGUUCCGACAAGAAGUAGGUUCUUUCUCGACAUUUUAGUUUCCCGUUUCAAAUGACAAGAUGACAUGAGGUUUGUGUUGGUCGUGUAAAUUCUGCCCAUCUGGAGAUGAUCCUGCAGUUUUAGGAAAAGCUAAGUGUACUUUGAGAUUUGAGAGUUUCUGCCUCAGAAAUUCCUCUUAGUUUUUUUUUUUUUUUUUUCAUUCCUUUUGUUUUCCUUUAGCAGAAUUAGACUUUCCCAUUUGAUCAAUGAUAUUUCAAUUGCAGUUCCUUAAAUCUUGUGUGAGCUGUUCUCUUUUAAUGAAUUUGCUCUUCCAGCUUGAACUUUGUCAUCCAUGUACCAACUUGAUGGUUGAUGCUCUAACUUAGCAUUAUCCACUGUAAAUACAUGCAAGCAAUAAAUUGCAGGCAAUGCUGCUUAGCUGUUGCUCUGACGGGGUACCACUACCAGGAUGCAGCGUAGUGGUGUUUACGGGGAAGAAUCUAUCAGCUAUUCACAUCAGUAGUUCAGCUGUCCAAGUAUAAGAUCAUUUGGGAUUUCGGACAUGAAAAACGUGCAGAUAUUCACAUUAAGUA